UGGAAAAUUGCGAUGGACUCGUAAAUCGUGCGUACAUUGAUGAUCUCGAAAUAAUAUAACAUUCAUUUUGCUUUUGAUAUGCAGUUGUCUCCAAAAGAAAGCAUAAACAAAAUGAAAAGAGUUGCAAACUUUUCUAUCAAGAGCUCUGAUUUCUCAAAAGAUGCAAAAGAAAACAAAAUGAUUUGCAUACUGCUCUGUUUCUCUUCAAGUCUAGUCUCGAUCAAAAGAUCAGAGAAGCAGACGAAUUGGUAAGCUGAAGGUGCCAUGGCGAUGGAUAUACUCACUGCAAUCAUUCCUACAAUAAUUGACUACACAAUUGGACCAGUUGCACGCCAAGUGGGUUAUAUCAUUUUCUACAAAAGCAACCUCGAAGAUCUAAAGAGUAAAUUGGAGAAUUUUGAUUCUGUCAAACAAAGGAUGAAGCAUGAAGUUGAUGAAGUCGGAAGAAAAGUUGAUCAAAAAGUGGAAGCUGAUGUCCAGAAAUGGCAGUCAGAUGCGGAGAAGACCACUCUGGAGGCAAAAGCACUCUUGCAUGAUGAAGGCGCAAAGACAAAGUGUUUCAUUAUAUGUCCUAAUCUGAUAUCCUAUCAUCAACGUAGCAGGAAGGCAACAAAACUGAUGAAAAAGAUUGAAGAACAUGAAAAUAAAAAAAAAGAAUUCUCCAGUGUUUCUUACAAAGCUCCCGUAGAAGACAUAUCUGCCAUAGCCUCCGACGAGUACAUGGCCUUUGAAUCCAGGAUUUCUAUGGUGAAGGAUAUCGUUACAGAACUGAAAAAACCUGAUAUCAACAGGAUUGGGGUGUACGGAUUAGGGGGCGUUGGGAAGACAACACUUGCCAAAGAGGUUUACAGAGAAGUUGUGAAAGAGAAGUUAUUUGAUGAUGUGGUUAUAAUACUAAAUGUGAAAGAAAAAAAAGACAAUGAAAAAAUUCAAAAUGAAAUUACCAGAAAGUUGAGCAUGGAUGUUGAUGAAUCAAAGGACAUGGGAACAAGGGCGAGUCUCCUACGGGCCAGGAUAAAAGAUGGGAAGACUCUUGUCAUUUUAGAUGAUGUUUUGGAAAGAAUUGACUUUGAGGCUGUGGGACUUGUCGGUGUGCCGAACUGUAAGUUAUUGUUGACAUCUAGAGAAAAAAAAGUUUUCUUCUCUGAUAUGCGUACCCAAAAAGAAUUUCCACUUGGAUUUUUAAGCGAAAAAGAAAGUUGGAGUUUGUUUGAGAAGAUGGCAGGUGAUGUUGUUAAAGACAACCGUAUACUGAAGGAAGCAACCCAGCUAGCAAAGAAAUGUGGAGGUUUGCCGGUUUUGGUUGUUGCAGUUGCAAGUGCUUUAGGGAUGGUAGUUUGGAGGAAUAAAGAUGCGUUGAGAAGUUUCAAAAGAUUUGACAAGAAAGAGUUGAAUGAAAAAGCAUUCUUGGCUCUAAAGUGGAGUUACGAACAAUUGGAGGAUCAAGAGCUUAAGCAAUUGUUCUUGCUUUGUGGGAGUAGCUGCAAUUAUCUCAGUGACUUGUUGAAGUAUAGUAUGGGUUUGGGUUUGAUAAAAAAUGUUGAGACAGUGGAAGAGGCACGGACUUCAUUGAAUGUAAUGGUUAAAAAAUUAAAAAAUUCUUGCCUAUUGCAGGACAGCUAUGACGAUGACACUGUUAGAAUGCAUGAACUUGUACGAGAUGUUGCUGUCCGGAUUGCAACUGUUGAUCAAAAAGCCUUUUCAAGAGCAUAUGGAGAUGAGGUGAAAGAAUGGCCAACUGAGGAUUUCCUUGAAAAAUGCACAAGGAUGUCCUUAAAACGUUGUAAGAUCCCCAGGCUUCCUGAAGUACCUUGGGAAUGCCCAGAAUUAAAAUUGUUGAUCCUGGAUAUUGGUAGUAUUGGCAACUCCCACGAAAUCCCAAGCAAAUUUUUUGAAGGGAUGAAAGAACUCAAAGUGCUGGAUGUAACCAGAUUCAGUAUUCAGUCACUACCUCCAUCUCUUCAAUCCCUAAAGCAUCUCCACACAUUGUGCUUAGAUCAAUGCGAGUUGGUAGACAUAACUCUUGUUGGACAGCUAACAAACUUGAAAAUUCUUAGCCUCCUAAAGUCCAAGAUUAAAAAGUUGCCCAAAGAAAUAGGGCAAUUGACAAGGCUACAAUUAUUGGAUUUGACCGGUUGCUCUGAACUUGUUCUGAUCUUACCUGGUGUUAUAUCAAGCUUGACAAGACUAGAAGACUUGAGGAUGGGAAUAAAAAGCUUUAAGCAAUGGGAGGGUGAAGGUCCCACUAGCGGAGGAAGUAAUGCUACUGUUUCAGAGCUGAAGCACUUGGCUGAACUAACUGCAUUAGACAUACAUGUUCCAGAUGCUGACCUUCUUCCACCGAACUUGUUCUCCGAUAAGUUGGAAAGAUACAACAUACUUAUCGGUGAUUGUUGGGAGUAUCCUGACACGUACGGAACCUCCUCUAACAUGCUAAAACUGAAGCUCACCAGGAGAAAUCAAUUCGACCGAGGUAUAAAGUUGCUGGUAAAGAGAUGUGAGCAAUUGUACUUGGAUGGGAAGGAGAGUGGGAAUAUUAUUUCCUUUCUAUUUGACAGUGAUGCUGUGGAACAACUGAAGUGUCUCCAUGUCCAAAACAACGACGAAGUUACAUAUGUCAUUAACUUCGUCAGUUGGAGUUAUUCUCAUAAUACCUUCCCCAACCUGGAAUCUCUAACUCUUGAAGACCUUGUGACUUUGGAAAGUGUAUGUUAUGGCCAACUUGUAGGCGAGCCCUUUCAAAAGUUAAAAUCUUUGACACUUCGGAAUCUACCGAAGCUUAUUGGUUUCUUUUCCAAAGACAAGCGAACGAUUGGUACAGAUGCCGACGAAAUCGUUUUGGAGGGAGAAGUUGGUGGACCACCGAGACUUUUCAGUAAUGGAGAGGUUAAGAUGCCCAACUUAACAACCUUGAUUGUGCAUCAAUGUGAUAGUUUAAGAUUUUUGUUUUCGAGUUCCAUGGCUAAAUGUCUUGGACAACUCAAAAAUCUCAAAAUAUCUAAUUGUCAAAUCAUGGAAGAGAUAGUGGGAAAUGAGGAGAAAACAGAUGACAUGUUUGAUAAGCUAAGCCAUCUAGAGUUACAACAUCUUCCAAACCUUGCUAGAUUCAGCUCAGGAAGUUACAUUAAAUUUCCGUCUUUGGCGUAUCUGAAUCUAGACAAUUGUACUAAACUGCAGACUUUCAUCUUUGAUGCUAAGAGUGAAAAUAUUACAACCAACAAAGAAGAAAGAGAUAUUGAGCUCUUUGAUGAAAAGGUAGGAUUUCCUAGCUUGGUGGUAUUGUGGAUACAGGACUUACCUAAAUUGAAGACAAUAUUCCACAACCAACUUCAUUCAGAUUCUUUUGGCAAGCUCAGAAUUAUGGAUGUUCGUAGAUGCCACAGUCUAAUUAAUAUAUUUGGGCCAAGUAUCAUGGGUAGAUUGAAUGCUCUAGAGUUAUUACGAAUAAUGCAUUGCCAGUCACUACAGGUGGUAUAUGACACAUCUAUAUUCAGUUUGAACCGUUUUGAGUGCCCAAAUCUAUACUCAGUUUGGAUAGACUCAUGUGAGAGUUUGAAAAAUGUAUUUCCCACCUCAGUGACCAAAGAUCUUAAGCAGCUAAACAAUUUCAGUGUCAAGAAUUGUGGUUUAAUGGAGGAAAUUGUUGUGAAGGAAGAAGGACCACAAACGACAUACGAGGAGUUCGAGUUCCCUAAAGUAACAAAUAUGGAAUUUGAUAAUCUACCCCAACUUCGGAGUUUCUAUCCAGGACUGCAUGUUUCUAAUUGGCCAUCACUCAACAUAUUAAAGUUCAAGAAAUGUGGUGGUGUGAAAAUUUUUGCUGUUGAAUUUUCAACAUAUCAAGACAAGUUUAAGUUGGGCCACCCAAUACCAAAGGAACAACCUUUCUUUUUAAUUGAGAAGGGUAAGUCAUUCCUCAACUUGGAAGUGUUGAUGUUGGACCGGAACACGGAGAUUUGGUAUGAACGGUAUGGUCCACUCCCGACAGAGUUGUUGAGUAAAGUAAAGACAAUUCUUUUUGCUACUUCACAUCCCAAGUCAGAUGUUUUCUUUGAGAAUUUACAGAAUACUGAAAUGCUUGUUGUGCUCUCUGCUCCUUGGAAAGAAUUAUUUGUCCACGACCACCAAGGAAGUAGUAGAGGGGAAACACAUGAAGUUGAGAUCCUCCCACGUGUAAAGGUUUUGCAGCUCACCAAAAUGCCGGAGCUGAUUCAUCUAGGAAUGGAAAACUCCCAACCAGGGGGCCCUGUUCUUCCAAACUUGGAAGUUCUAAGGCUGAUCAAAUGUGGUAGAUUAGAGAAUCUAGCUUCAACUUUGAUAUCCUUUCGGAAUCUAACCUUUUUGACCAUACGGAGUUGUCACGGACUGCAAUACUUAAAACCUUAUUCUGUGGCUAAGAAUUUGCAGCAACUCAUGGGGUUGGAAGUUGUGUCCUGUCAAAGAAUGGUAGAAAUAGUAGCGACCAACGAAGAUGAUCCAGAAAAUGAGAUUACUUUCAGUUGCUUGCAACAUUUGAAGCUUUCUGGUCUACCAAGUUUGCAAGGCUUUUGCAGGGGAAAUUGCAUUUUCAAAGUCCCAUCCUUAAAAACUUUGAUUGUCGAGGACUGCCAGCUGAUCGACUUAAAGAUUUCUUCUGAUGGGUUACUCCAAAGUGAUCCAAGACCAGAAAGAUUACAAAUGGCAGAGGAAAUUGAUGAUGUACCGAUGCUAAGUGAUUCAGAGGAGAAUGAUCAUGAUCAAACUGAACAGCUGAUGAUUGCAGAUUCAAAUGUAGAUGUUACAAUUGCAGGACUCUCUGCCAAAAAGGAAUCCUCAUCUUUUGCCUGGCGUGUUAAUGUUUUCCGAUUGUGUGCGAUUGCGUGUUUGUUCGUUAUUGUCCUCUUCCUUUUGUUUUUCCUUUUCAAAAGAGAAAUAUUAGCCUGGAGAGCAGACUGGAAGGCACUCUGAUUUUCCUUGUUACUUGCUCUAACUAUUCUCUGUGCAAUUUGAGAAGGCACUGAAUCAUAUUCCCCGACAUGUUAUGCUUGUAUUGACUUGUGUGUUUCGUCGUAAUAGUGUGAUUUGUAUUUGGAGCUUUAUUCGCUA